UUUCCUUUCAUUUCAAUUCAAUUCAAUCUCGUGAAAACUAUAUGAAAUAAAUUGAACCCACAAAAAUAAUAAAGUUUACAUUUUUACAGUUUUAAAAAAACACACACACACACACACAGUGUAGCAAGAGUCCCACUACAACUCAUAGCAAAUUAACAAAAAAUCAACACUUUUUGUUAACUUUUAUUCUCUUUCAAGAAUCUCAUUCCAAUUAGCGUUCAUCUUCUAAGGGAAAAAGUGGUGUUUUGAAUCUGUGAAGAUGGGUUUGAUUUCUGGGAUUUUUAUGGGGAUGCUAUUUGGCAUAGCAUUGAUGGCAGGAUGGGCUCGUAUGAUGAGGUAUAGAAGUGCCAAGAGAAUUGCAAAGGCUGUUGACAUCAAAAUCCUUGGAUCCCUCAACAGAGAAGAUUUAAAGAAAAUUUGUGGGGAGAAUCUUCCUGAAUGGAUAUCUUUUCCUGUAUAUGAGCAGGUGAAAUGGCUAAACAAGCUCCUGAGCAAGCUUUGGCCAUUUGUAGCAGAAGCCGCAACAAUGGUGAUCAAGGAAUCUGUUGAACCUCUACUGGAAGAGUACAGACCUCCUGGAAUUACUUCAUUGAAGUUCAGCAAGCUGUCACUUGGAAACGUAGCUCCAAAAAUUGAAGGUAUUCGUGUGCAGAGUCUUACCAAAGGUCAAAUCAUAAUGGACGUAGAUCUCCGCUGGGGUGGUGAUCCCAGUAUUAUUUUGGCUGUCGAAGCUGCCCUUGUUGCAUCAAUCCCUAUUCAGUUGAAGGAUCUAAAAGUUUUCACCAUUGCCCGUGUUAUAUUCCAACUUGCUGAAGAGAUCCCUUGCAUUUCUGCUGUUGUUGUUGCUCUUCUUGCUGAGCCAAAGCCGAGAAUUGAUUAUACUCUGAAAGCUGUUGGUGGAAGUUUAACUGCUCUUCCUGGAAUUUCAGAUAUGAUUGAUGAUACUGUGAACACAAUUGUUACUGAUAUGCUCCAAUGGCCACAUAGGAUUGUUGUUCCACUUGGUGGUAUCCCUGUUGAUAUUAGUGACUUGGAGCUUAAACCUCAUGGAAGCCUUAAAGUGACUAUUGUGAAAGCGACCGAUUUAAAAAAUAUGGAAAUGAUUGGAAAAUCUGAUCCUUAUGUUGUUCUGUACAUUCGACCUUUAUUCAAGGUUAAAACCAAGGUUAUUAACAACAACUUGAAUCCUGUUUGGGAUCAAACAUUUGAGUUGAUUGCAGAAGACAAGGAGACCCAGUCACUCAUUCUUGAGGUUUUUGAUGAAGACAUUGGGCAAGAUAAGCGACUGGGAAUCGUAAAAUUACCCCUUAUUGAAUUGGAAGUACAAACUGAAAAAGAGCUUGAAUUGAGGCUGCUGUCAUCGCUUGAUACACUCAAGGUGAAAGAUAAGAAGGAUCGAGGAACCUUGACCGUAAAGGUCCUGUAUUACCAAUUUAACAAAGAGGAACAAUUGGCUGCACUAGAAGCAGAAAAAGCUAUAUUAGAAGAAAGGAAGAAACUGAAAGCUGCCGGCGUCAUAGGUAGCACAAUGGAUGCAGUAGGGUCAGGUGUUGGACUAGUCGGAAGUGGCAUUGGACUAGUCGGAACUGGCAUUGGCGCCGGAGCUGGACUUGUCGGAAGCGGCAUUGGUGCUGGAGCUGGACUUGUUGGCAGUGGUUUUGGAGCCUUUGGUAGCGGACUUAGCAAGGCAGGAAAGUUUAUGGGAAGGACCAUAACAGGUCAUAGUGGUUCUAGAAGGAGUGGUUCGUCAACUCCAGUUCAUAAUCCACAGGAAAAUGGUAGUCCAAAAAAGACUCAAUAAUUCUUGCUUGUAUACUGAAACAAUGAAUUGAAUGGAACUUGCAGGUUAAGCAACCUUUGGUAAUUGACAAAUUUGUCUUGUUGAUUGAUAGCAGAAAUGUCAAUUCAGUACAGUUGUAUUGUAUCAUCUUUAUUUGUAUAUUAUGUUUGACUUUGAUGUGUAAUAUUAACAGAUUGUAAACAUUCCUUAUUUCUUACAAAUCAAUGUGAUUCAAAAGACACAAAA